AUGAAAACCCACCGUGCCACACAGGUCGAAAGAGGCCAAAAAACCGACCCUGCUGCAAAGCAACAUGAAAAUGUUAUGAUUGUGCUCAUAAAGCUUUCACUCAUUUUGACAGGCACAGCCGGGCCAGACAAGGAAGUAUUGUCUGCCCUGCAGAAAGCAGCGGUGACCCCCGUGGUGAAGCUCGCUCCUACCAACGAGCUGAUAAGUGAUAUGAAGUGUGGAGUUUAUGUUCGAGCUCCUCGCUGCGGUGCGCUAAGCUUCCCUUCACUGCUCGGGGGUAAAUUUAAGGGGGAAAGUGCCCUCUGA